UUGCAUGUUGCGUUUAUAUGUGUUCAGUAUAAAUACAUACUGCAAUUCCAACCACAAAACGUCUUAGCUUUGAUUUUGUUUUUGACGUUGUUAAAAUUCUAAUUCUAUUUUCGAGACUCCACGUGUUGUCAUGGAAUUAUGCUAUGUUUAACAACCAAUCAGCAACUCCGUCACAAGGCCAGUACAAGAAGUGAAGUGGAAUGCUAUGCCGCGUUAAAAACAACUGGGAAAUCUCCGACAUCUGACUUCAGUGCGUUCAAGACAACUGGGAACUCGAAGAAAAAAAAGAUUUCCGACUGGGAAUAAUCUUUGUGAACGGUCAUCCAACUCGGAAUUCCAAGUCUGAAACUCGGGCAUAUUUCUAAAGCGCUGACUUUCCGACCUGAAGAUCACAGGCGUCAUGAUUUGACCUCGUUUUUUCUCGAGAUCCCAGUUGUCUUGAAAGCACCAUUGGCAAAACAGACUACCACAGUUACUAAACCGGUCCCCAUGCUAGACAAGAUGCGGUACUGUCAACAAAAUGCGACGAAAACGUCAUUUUAGCUCGUGACUGCAAUGUUACCAUGGAUACGUCUUGCUUACAAACACCUCUGGGCUGUCAAAAAAUUAUAUUUACAGCCCAAUCAUGACUUCUGAAGUUUACCUGGAAAUCGUGGGUUUGAUGAAAGAACACCAUUUUCAAAUUGCUAAGAGCAUUGCCGAGGGACUGAAACAGAAGUUUCCCACCUCGUUUUUGGAUCCAACAAUUCGUCCAUUACUCGAAUGUGACUGGCAUGUGUAUCUAACCAAUAAGAAAAGGGAGCUGAAAGGGGAGGUCUGGCAGUUCUCCAGCAACCUAAUGUGUUUCGUGAAUGGUUGUCUCCUUGGCAACGAGAAGGACCUGACCAGCUGGGCUGAGAAGGAGUGGGAGUUUACACUUAUCCGUCCACAUGCACUAUACCUGGCCCUCGCUGACGACUACUACUCUAAACACCUCCUCAGCACUGGGCACACGUUUGUUUACAUGGACAUUUCGAUCCGAGGGGACUCGGUUGGAAGAUUACUGUUUGAGCUGUUUACAGAGCUGUGUCCGAAGACGUGUAAAAACUUCCAGGCUCUGUGUACAGGGGAGGCAGGCCUGUCACAGAGUGACUUAAUCCUGUCCUACAAGGGUUCUGUGUUCCAUCGUGUGGUGCCCAACGGCUGGAUACAGGGGGGAGAUAUUUCUGCACCAGGCAAAGGCAACGGAGGGGAGUCAAUCUACGGGCCAACUUUUGAAGAUGAGAGCUUUGCAGUCUCCCACAGUAGGAGGGGCAUCCUGGGAAUGGCCAACCAGGGUCCUCAUAGCAACAGCUCUCAGUUCUACAUCACCCUGCAGCCCGCCCUUUGGAUGGACAGACAAUAUGUGGCUUUCGGUCAAGUGGUUGAAGGCACAGAGGUUCUGAGGAGACUUGAGGAAGUCCCAACCUACAAUGAAAGACCCAAACAAGACUGUAAAGUAGCAGACUGUGGAGUGUUUGAACCCUGACAUAACCUUAACUGCAUAUUUUUUAUUAAAACCCAGUUUGACAACUGG